GAAGCUUCAAGUUCAUCUUUCGGGAUUUGAAAAAGGCAACAGUAUGCAAGUCUCAAGGACCAUAGGAUACUUCCAUGGAAACAUUUUCUUAUUUAGUGCUAUAAUAGGGGGAGGAAUAUUUAUAUCUCCUAAGGGGGUAUUAAAAUACUCUGCACUGAACAUUCCUGUCUCCCUGAGUAUAUGGGUAACAUGUGCCAUACUGAAUAUGAUCAAUGCUCUCUGUGUUGCAGAGUUAGGGACCACCUUCCCUAGAAGUGCAGCACCAUAUUUUUUCAUGAAAAGAUCUCUUGGAUCUUAUACUGCUUUCCUGAAUCUUUGGGUGGAACUUUUUGGUCUUUUCAUAGGACUGGCUGCACAAAGCUUGUUGGUAGCUAGCUAUCUAAUUCAGCCUUUGUAUGCUCUCUGCCCACCCCCAGAGCUACCAAAGAAAUGCCUAGCUUUGGCCAUUUUGCGGUCUUUGGGACUUCUGAAUAUUCAGGGGUUGAAAACAGUGACCUGGUUUCAAACUCUCAGUACUUUGGUGAAGGUGGCUAUUCUCUGUUUCAUUUCCAUAACUGGGAUUGUGCUGUUAGUGAUUGGGAAAAAGGAGAACGUGUCCAGGUUUGAGAAUGCUCUAGAUGCUGAACUUCCUGGUGCCUCACAAAUUGUGGAAGCCAUUCUCCAAGGAUUCUAUGCCUAUGGGGGAUCCACACUCCUGGUCAACAUGGCAGUGAUUGGGAAAAAGGAGAACGUGUCCAGGUUUGAGAAUGCUCUAGAUGCUGAACUUCCUGGUGCCUCACAAGUUGCAGAAGCCAUUCUCCAAGGAUAUUAUUCCUAUAUGGGAUCAACACUUCUGAUUGAAAUGGCAGGGGAGGUGAAAAACCCUGGUCAGACAAUUCCCAGAACUGUGCUUUCUGCCUUGUCCAUCGUGACUGUGAUAUAUUUAUUGACUAAUGUAUCCUUCCUGACAGUUUUGACACCAAAGGAAAUCAUCUCUUCAGAUUCUGUUGCUGUCACGUGGAUGGACAGAGUAUUCCCUUCCAUGAAAUGGGUCAUUGCACUGGGGAUUUCAGCUUCAAUGACUGACAGCACUUCUUGUGGAAUACUUACAGGAUCAAGGCUGAUCUAUGCUGCAAGCCAAGAGAAACAAUUGCCUAUGAUCUACUCUAUGCUUAACAAGCACCUCUCUCCAGCUGUAGCUUUGAUCCAGUUAAUCAUUAUGUCAUCUAUUGCUGUUAUAUCAUCUAAUUUAAUCAACUUACUAAAAUAUCUAGGAAUAGCAUCUUGGGCUUUAAGUGUGAUAAAUAAGAUUGCUUUACUAAAAAUGAGAUACCAGGAGCCAGAUCUACAGAGACCUUAUAAGGUGGACUCCUCUGUUACUUGGCUGGUGUUUACCUUAAACAACGAUCGGCUUCUUUUGAGAAAAUUACUUGUUAUUUACAAUUACUAUUUAAUAUUUUACUAUCUGAUGAUCAUGAAACAUGCAUUUCUGGUGGAGUCCAGCAUUCUAAAUGCAGUCCAUUUAGAAGAUAGUUUGGAGGCUCAAAUUUCAAGACUCAGCGGGCCUGAAUUUCAACCUUCCAAAGAUUAA